AUGGAUUACCAAAUGAAGGAGGUGGAUCGUUACAGAACAGCAAUGAGAAAGAUGGCAGCUGAUCUCCUGCAUGUGCGAGAGGAUUGCAAACGUUUAGACGAAGCCAACAGUAAGCUGAGGAGAGAGUUGGGCCAACAUGACGAGAUAUCCAGGUUAAUGGUCAGCUCCAAAGACUUAGAUAAUGUGACACAUUCUGAGCUGGUACAGAAGUUUGGUAAGAAGCAGUCGUGAAAAUCAAGACUUCAGCACCUUCAGAAUGAUCUUAUCAAGAAAAAUGAGAUGGAGAAGGAUUUUUUGAAACUACAAGAAGCUCACGAUGGGCAACAGGCACUUCUGCAAAAGUUGCAGGGAAAGGUACAAAAGGCUCAGACGAUUCAAGAUAACUGCAAGAAACAAGAAAAGGUUACUGUACAACUCGAGCAGCUUUUGGCCCAAAAGGGAAAGGGACCAUACAAUGGAGGUGAGUUACCUUUGAAACGCACCUGUAUAUGA